AUGUCGGAACACCAGGCAGACGUCUCCGAGGCCGCGAGCGACUCGAGCUCCGUGCCGACCCCUCCGCCUCCCCCGGUGCCCUCGACCGACCCAAAGCUACUAUAUGUGCAGACCGCCGGGAACGACAUAACCUCGCCGAGGCUCAUUGCCCAAGUCGAUGAUAUCUUCAAAGUUUCGCCGCUCGCGGCCCUCAAGCUGCUGAGUGCUGGCAUUGAAGCGCUCGUCACUGUGACAGGAGACAUCCCACCCACACCGCCGCCACGAAGCCCGACUAUUCCACACAUGCGCGGCAUGGAGGCAGAGAAGAAGAGCAUUGUGCGGUCAAACUCGGAGAAGAACUUAGCCCGCCUCGCGGCGCAGCAGGGCUCGACAAACUCUCCGCGCCCCGGCCGAUCGCCUCUUAUGCCUUCCGAGAACCCGGCAGCGUCUCCCGGAGCCGGUGUCUCGCACACCCAGCCUAUCGACGGCGUGCACCUGCGGACACCGAACCCAACACCUCCGCCCAAGUCGGAAGCGCAGCCCCAGCCGCCGCUUGCGCCCUAUCUCAUCGUCGGCGAGAACUCGCAGCCACUUAACCUCCAACACAGCGCCAUCACCCGCAAGUUCUACUCCAGGCUCCAGCCGCCCAUCUCCAUAACCGAAUACCUCCUGCGAAUACACCGCUUCUGCCCCAUGUCGACGGCCGUCUACCUCGCUACCUCGCUGUACAUACACCGGCUAGCUGUCCUAGAGCAGGCCAUCGUGGUCACGAAGCGCAACGCGCACCGACUGUUGCUGGCCGGGCUGCGGGUUGCCAUGAAGGCUCUCGAGGACCUCAGCUACCCGCACGGCAAGUUCUCCAAGGUCGGCGGCGUGAGCGAGGUGGAGCUGGCGCGACUGGAGAUCAGCUUCUGCUUCCUGACGGGCUUCGAGCUAGUCGUCGACGAGAAGGCGCUGCGAGACCAGUGGGACCUGCUGCGCAGAGGCGUCGACUACUGGGGUAUGAUGGGCCCACCUUCUGCUGCAGAGGACGACGUGCUGCGGCUCAAGAAGCCGCCACGGGGCAGCAGGAUUGGGACAGAAGCUUGA